AUUAAAUUAAGAAAAAUAAUUUUGGAUUUCUCAAUUGAUAAUCAUGCAGCACUUUUUGGAAUUAGCCGAUCUAUUGAUUAAUAAUUGAACAUGUCGGUAACGUCCCCAAUUCCACUUUUCCCGCGCUAUUUAAAGUUUAUUUGGUUAUGUCAAAAACUACAUAUCACGGAAUAGCAGAGACAAAGUAUUAUAGGUUUUAGCUCUAUAUUUAUAUGUUAAUAAACGAAAAAUAAAUUAUUGUUAAAUGUCAUUUUAUUCAAGCCAUCAUACAUAUUUGUGAAUUAUAAUUUUCUCUUUUGUUUGUGUACAACACAAUUUUAGAGUAAAAGUUCGAUACAUAAUUUGUACAUAAGAAGUAUUUAAAUUAGGAUAAAAUGAGUUUGUGGGUUGAUAAAUAUCGUCCAACGACACUUGCAAAGCUAGAUUAUCAUCUUGAACAAGCGGAGGACUUAAAAAAUAUGGUACAGAAACGAGACUUUCCUCAUUUAUUAGUUCAUGGACCUCCUGGUGCAGGAAAAAAAACUAGAAUAUUAUGUAUCUUAAGAGAACUUUAUGGGAGUGCAGCUGAGAGAUUAAAAGUCGAAAAUAUGCAAUUUGAGACAGCAUCUAAAAAGAAGUUAGAAAUAUUAACUAUAAGUAGUAAUUACCAUACAGAAGUAAAUCCGAGUGAUGCAGGAAUACACGACAGAAUUGUCGUUAUGGAAUUAAUAAAAGCUACUGCACAAACACAUCACAUAGAUGUAGGCCAGAAAGAGUUUAAAGUGAUAUUAUUAUCAAAUGUGGAUCAACUUACAAGAGACGCUCAGCAUGCACUUCGUAGAACAAUGGAAAAAUAUAUCAGUACAUGCAGAUUGAUUCUUUGUGCAAAUUCCACAUCACGAGUUUUACCUGCAAUUCGAUCACGAUGUGUGCGAAUCAGAGUUCCUGCUCCAACUGGCUCCGAAAUAAAAAAUAUUUUACAUUCGAUUUGUAAACGUGAAGGACUUCAUUUGCCAGAUGAAUUUGCUAAUCGAGUAAUUGAAGCUAGUGGCAGAAAUCUUAGACGGGCAAUAUUAAUGCUUGAGGCUUGCAAAGUCGAACAAUGUCCAUUUACUGCUGAUCAAAAAAUAACAGAACCGGAUUAUCAAGUAUAUAUACGAAAUACAGCUAAUAUGAUGGUUUCUGAACAAUCUCCCAAAGUACUUCUAGAGGUACGCAACAGAUUUUAUGAUCUUUUAACACGUGCUAUACCGUGUGAUCUGAUAUUCAGAGGAUUACUGAAAGAAUGUAUAAAAAAUUGUGAUGAUCAAUUAAAAAGAGAAAUUAUUGGUAUUGCAUCAGAAUAUCAGCAUAGAAUGAUACGUGGCUCAAAACCUAUUUUUCAUUUAGAAGCUUUUGCCGCAUGUUAUAUGGCGAUUUACAAAAAAUAUAUUGAAUCAUCUUUGGAAGGUUUUAUGUGAAAUUCCUAUCUUUAAUGUUUUGUAUCUUCGAUAAAAUGGUAAUUUUUACGA